AUGUUGAGUACACAGGAGGGUACGAUUGCAUCGCCGGUUGAAACCAAGGUAGUUGUUGCGGAGUAUUGUAUGACCAGGAGUUGUAGUUGUGGCGGCCUCUUCCUCGACCACGAUUGUGACGUCCACCACGACCAGAGUUGUUCUGAUAGCCACAACCGGAGUUGUUGUUGUACUGCUGUUGUCGCUGAGGUAGUUGCUGAGGCAGUUGCUGAGGCAGUUGGUCAUGUGACUGAUUCAAAGACGAGAAGAGCACAUUAG